GAUCACCAUCACCUGACGAUGACAAUUUGUUUUUUUGGGGCACUUUGUAGCCUAUCGUUAUUUUUUCUCUAGUGUACAGUCAGUGCAGACAGGUUCACGGAAAUGAGUGUGGAAAUCAAAAUCAUUAAUUAAAUAAUAGUUGAUGACAGCAGUUUAUUUAACACGCGUCUGUCUGAUUUGAUUACCCAGAAUGCCUCGCUUGUUGCCGUCUGUCGAAGGAGUGACUGUGUAGAAUAGACUCAGCCAGCUGCAUUUGACAUUCAUGAAGUUGUCGUUACUAUGCAUGUUUAUCGUAUGAAAUAAGAUACAAGAGGGAAAGAAAAUAACAGGGGAAGGCGAAAUCUGUUGUUGUCAAUACACCAGCAAUGCCUCUCUUCACGACCAACCCAUUUGACCAAGAUGUUGAGAAAGCAACCAGUGAGAUGAACACAGCUGAGGACUGGGGCCUCAUUCUGGACAUAUGUGAUAAGAUAGGACAGUCGCGCACCGGGCCUAAAGAAUGUCUCCGCUCUAUAAUGAGAAGAGUGAACCACAAGGAUCCUCAUGUGGCCAUGCAGGCACUGACUCUGCUUGGUGCUUGUGUCUCAAACUGUGGGAAGAUCUUCCACUUGGAGGUGUGCUCCAGAGAGUUUGCCAGUGAAGUCAGUAACGUCUUAAACAAGGGCCACCCCAAAGUGUGCGAGAAGCUGAAAGCUCUGAUGGUGGAGUGGGCGGAGGACUUCCGCAACGAUCCCCAACUCAGUCUGAUCUCAGCUAUGAUCAAGAAUCUACGCGAGCAGGGUGUCACUUUCCCAGCUGUAGGGUCCCAGGCUGCAGAGCAAGCAAAAGCAAGCCCUGCUUUAGUGGCGAAGGAUCCCUCCACCUCAACAAAAAAAAAAGAAGAAGACGACUUGGCCAAAGCUAUUGAGCUGUCACUAAAGGAGCAACGUCCGCAGCAGCAGACCUCCCUGUCGAGCCUUUACCCAAACACCUCCAGCCUGCUCUCCUCACACAAGUCCGACGGCAGGAAAGUCCGCGCCAUCUACGACUUUGAGGCCGCUGAGGACAACGAGCUCACCUUCAAGUCAGGAGAAAUCAUCACUAUCCUGGACGAUAGUGACCCCAACUGGUGGAAAGGGGAAACAUACCAGGGAGUGGGGUUGUUCCCCUCUAACUUUGUCACAGCUGACCUCACUGCAGAGCCUGAGAUGAUGAAGACAGAGAAGAAGACCGUACAGUUCAGUGAGGACAUCCAGGUGGAGACCAUAGAGCCCGAGCAAGAGCCUGUAUUUAUAGACGAAGACAAAAUGGACCAACUCCUGCAGAUGAUCCAGAGUGCAGAUCCCACAGACAACCAGUCGGACAGCGUGGAGCUGCUACAGCUGGAAGGUGCCUGCAAUCAAAUGGGACCCCUCAUCGACCAGAAGUUGGAUGAUAUAGACAGGAAGCACUCAGAGCUGUCGGAGCUGAAUGUGAAGGUGAUGGAAGCUCUGUCUUUGUAUGCCAAGAUAAUGAACGAAGAUCCAGUUUACGCCAUGUAUGCCAAGCUACAGAGCCAACAGUACUACAUGCAGCAGCCCGCCAACGCAGCACAACAGCAGGUCUACCCUGGUCAGCCGGCAUCGGGUUCGUACGCCAUGAGCGGCCCCGCGGUGCAGGGUUACACUGUUCCCCUGGAGCAGCUUCCAGCAGGAGCCCCCAUUCCUGGUCAGCCAGCCCCCAGUGACGUUCAUAUGUACAUGGGCCAGCCGCCAGUCUACACCGCAGCUCCAGGCAGCAUGGCCCCAGCAGACUUGCAGUCCUACCAGAACCCAGCCAGCGCCCCCGGCCCCCCCCAAGGCAUGACGCAGACGCCAAACUACAGCAUCCCCUCCGGCCCGAGCAUAGCACCUUCCUCAGAGAAAGCCCUACUAUAGGCCCCCUUAAAGCAGCGUUAUCCUCCCGCAGACACAUGCACCAGACCGGAUCAAAUAGUGGUCGUGGAUUAUUUCUCUUAUUAUUCUAUGAUUUUGUUUUUAUCAUGGAACACAAGGUGGAAGGAAAACAUUCAAAUAGAGUAGAGGAAAGCUAACAUGUGGCACGCUUUGUGUUGCUACACACACAGUUCCACUUCUCACAGCUUAGAAGUGAUCACAGACACACACUUUGUGUUCUUUUCAUUAAUGAUGUUUCUGCAGUUUCACUCUUCUUCUCCAUGUUUUUACAUGACUCUGAUGUGAAGACACGGAGAAGCUUUCAGUUGCACUUUUAUCUCCAGUUGCACUUAUUUAGGUUUUCAUCAUUCAAGCCCGAUCACUUCUAAAUCUACAUCUGAUGGCACUAUAUGCAUGAGACAUUCAUUGCUUCCUCUUUAGGUUAGAACUAUUGAACAAUUGUGGUAAUGCUUUAUUUUAUGGGUCCAAACUACAUCAUUUGGUACCAAUUAUUAAUAUCUCUAUUAUUAUUAUUAUUAUUAUUAUAGGGAUAAUGAUACAUGGUUCAUUUAGUUCCUUAAAAUAAUGACUUUAUUUAAACUCAAGCAAAUAUUCAUUCAUUAAUCAUGGGAAACGUUAUUCUUCAUACUGUAUAUAUUUGUGGAUGUUCUGCUGACUUUUUACGUUACAUUAGCAAAUUAUUUUCAAUUAAUUAUUUGGAUGUGAACUUUUAUUAAUCAUUAUCUAUAAUUUAGACAGUUCGUUCCUGGAAACUUUCUCGGGGUUUAUGGACCUGUAAAAUAUGGCGUGAACAAAAUUGCUUUGAGAAAAUAAGUGUAACUAGAAGCUUCAAUCCAACCACAAAAUAUUACUGAGAUUUCUAUCUGAUCAAGCGUGACAUACACAAAAGCAUUCCUUCUCACCACCCCUGAACAUGUAUACUGCAAAACACACACAGGACACACACUACAGGCAGGUGUACAGCAGUGCACACACAGUUUGUUCACACAUCCUCAUCAGUGUUAUGAUCAUUUACCUGCACUCACACACUAACAUGCCACAGUCUUCUCACACACUUAAAGCACCUGCAGUGCUCAUCGUGUCACAUUCAGCUUUCUUUUCUUUUGUUUAUCAGAAAAAGGACCUUCAGCUGUUCUGAAACCGUUAGUUUACUACAUUCUGUAUUAUGUCGUCAACUUUUAGAAGUACUGAAAACUGAAGCCACUUUGUUUUUGUUUUUUUGGAGGGAAAAAGAAACCAGAGGAAUUUCCGCAUGCACGUGACUCUUGUAUAUACUGUACCGAACAGUUAGUGAAGCCACGUGGUGGGCUGGACGUUAGCGCAGCGCCGAGUGCUUCUCUCGGCCUUAAAGGUGAACUCUGCAGUCAUGAUGUCCCCGCUGAACUAAAGGUGUAAAAGCCAAAGAGAACAAAAUGAAAAAUCUUUUUCUUCUUUUCUUAACACGAACGACUCCUAACUUCAUACUGCAGAGUUUCCCUUUUGUAAAUGAGCAGCUGUUGGUCCUUGUUGGUGGAUGUAUGCAGCGGCUGUACUAACAGACUCGGCCACUAGGGGGCGACCUCUCUGAACAGCCCCAGUGUCUUUAAAGCAUCUCUUUAGUCAGUGUUAAAAAUUGUUUUUUUUGUAGUGCAUUUUAAUUUAUGUUCUUAUUAUUGUUAUGCUAUUUUAAGUGCAGGAUGUAUGUAUUCAGAGUAAAGCAAGAAUAUGUGAUAUUCUGCCGAACUUAGUUGUAUAUUUAAAUCGCUCACAUGAGAACGUGGACAUUUCUCUCAGUGUUUGAUACAUGCUCAUCGUACUGUAGGGUCAUAUGGUAAUGUGAAAACCUGAUCUAACCCAUCCCCCGUUGCAUUUCAAACCUGACCUUUUCUCAGAGCUGUCUAACACUAAAACAAAUUCUACCUGAAGCAGAACCGAAAGAAGGUUUUAUCAUUCUGGGACGCACAGUCAGGAUUUGUAAACAAGUCUUUCCUAAAGUACCUCUCUGUUCCAGUGACGCUUUUAAGGUUGAAUAUUGUACAAAGUCUACUCCUACUCCUCUCAACGUACUUUCCAUAAUCUUCUACGGCUUCUACCUGUUCAGAGUCUUUGGGAAAGAGUUGAUGUUUACAAACGCUGACUGGGCUGCAAGAAGAAGAAAACGUUAUUUAUCCGUUGUUGUUUAAUAUUGAAUGAUGCUACGUGAAGGAAUUAUGAAGCAGUUUUAAAUACGAUGAACCAGAUCUUCCAGUUGCAGGACAAAUUGGUGUGUUGAUCGGAUAUUUGUGUCAUUUCAAUUUCUCUUGAGAUGCUAUGUUUCAAAGCGUGCGCCGCCCCGUGUCACCGCAAGAAUCUUAAAAACGACCCCCGACAUUAAGCUUUGGUGCCUGGGACUUUGUAAGAGGCCAUUUUAUUCUCCAGAACUUGAUUUUAGCUUUCAUAUAGUUGAUUUGAAAGACGAGAAAUGUUUCUUUUGCUGCCUGGAAGUAAUGCGAGAGGGAAAUGGUGUUAAUCUGUUUGAUCGAAGAGGGCCGAACAUAUCAAAUAUAUGACAAGCAGCAGCUAUUCUGGGACCAGGAGCCAGUUAAUCCCCACACAUGAUCCAAAUGUAACCUCUCGUUACACCACAGCGUUGGACUGCACCCCCGAUGUAACUUUAUUGCACAGGAUUGAGAUGCUGCCUGUUUUUAAGUUUUAAACACCGUUAUUGUAAAGGUUCUGUCUAAACUUGUAUCCUGCUGUUUGUAUGUAUUCUUUUAACCAUUCUUAUUAAUUGGUAUUCACAAUAAAAAAAACAGGCCAAAUGUACAGAAUAAUAUGAACGGCCUUGUUUUCUUGAUGUCGGA